AUGGAUUCAAUUGCGGAAGGAUCGGAGCUGUUCGAAGUCGCCUAUCACUGCUUAGAUCUCUUUGAAAAGUGUCUAGUGGAAUCGGGGCGACAGCAAGCUCUAAUAGUACAAGAAGUGCAAGCCCGAUUCAAUCUUUGGGCGGCUUACACAGGAGUGUUCGCUGACAACGACAAGUCAUUGGAUACCCGAUUGUUUUUGCACCCCGACGUCAAACGCAUGACUCUUAAUCUUCUACGUAUGGUUGAGCGAAACUUACAGCUUGCUUCUACGGCCAAUAUCAAUCAACACUCACAACUGCCUGUUCUGACAGAUAUAGCUGACCUCGAUGAGAAUUCAAACCUCUCGAAACUUCUAGAGUCUCACGGUGCCUCCUUUCGGGGACUGGUUGCUGUUCCAGUUGCGCUUGACCGAUUACAUAAGUUAGCAACCGCCAUCCGACGAUCGUCUCUUGAAAGCAGAAAGGAAAACCUCCUUACCAAAAUCUGGGACUCUGAUAGUGAAAAAUAUUUGGGCGAAUGUAUCUGUAAAUUCAUUCGGGAGAAGUUCCCAGCUGCUCGAGCUAGUCUGAUCAAGCAGUUGGCCGCAGCUGUUUGUGCCUCGCGAAGAAGACUACUUUAUUUGCCGAGACACAACAAAAAGCUAGGAAUAGAAAGGAAAGGCAAACAGACGGGAGUUGUAAAAGGCUCACUGCUACCCCAUGAACUCCUCCGAAAACGUUAUUAUGGAGAUGCAUUCACGGAGCCAAUCUCUGCUACUGACGCUUCAAUACCGAACACGAUACAACUGCGGCGAGAACUCGGACGUGUUAAAAGGCCCGCUAUCUCAGUCGCCAGUGCUGGAAUUAUCCAGGGAGAAUCCCUCCUAUAUCCUGACAUACCGGCAUUUGCAGCUGACAAGAAACUUCACCCAUGUCCAUACUGCUCUGAACCGCUUCUUACCUCUAGACUGGACCUGAAAGUUAAAGCAAACAGGGACUACUGGAGGAAUCAUGUGAACCAAGACCUUGAGCCCUAUUUCUGUUUGUCCGAAGAGUGCAAGGAACCACUGAAAUUCUUCAUCCACUACAGGGACUGGCUUGAUCACAUGAGUACCUUCCAUACAGACGAAUGGUAUCGUUCAGCACAUGCACUCACCUGGUAUUGUGAUUUGGGUCAUAAAGAGCGAGAACUUUUUGUCGAUAGAGACUCGUUCGAGUCCCACAGCCAGGAUCAUCACCCUAAUUUGACCGCAUCGCAACGUCGGGCCCGUACAAAGAAGAGCAAGACUCUGGCCUUGCGUGAGCCAUUGGCGUGUCCAUUGUGCGAGAGCGUCCCUGCAAAGAUUAGUAGCCUUGCAAUACAGCAUCAAAACUCGGCGGAAUGCAAAGAUGCUCUUUGCAAGCAUAUAGCUUUCCAUCUCAAGGCUCUUUCCUUGUUAUCUUUCAGACUACUUAAUGAGCAAAGUAUUGACCACAUAGAUGAUACUGAGGCUGAAGAGCAUCAUACAACACAAAUCAUGACGCGGAGUAUGCAGAAUAUGCCGCUCGAGACUGCGGAAAAAAUUUCAUGGCCAUCACUUGACAGUUCCUGGAUAUCUGAAAAUGCCAAUCCCGGGCUAGCUGAACAUGGCUUGGAGACUGUGGAUGCUAACACUGGAGGUGUUGAUUGGGGCCGCUUUCCUGGCUUUGAUCAUUUAUCUAAGUACUCCGGGGUUAGGAAUCUUGAGAGCCAUGCAGGACCUACUCCUAUGUCGGAAGCGGAAGGCACACAGGAGCAAAACAAUCAGGCAUUCAACAACAUGCUGGCCAACAUGUCUCGGGAACAAUGGCAUGAAAUUCAAGCCCUUCCUCCAGACGAGCGUCAUGAGGUCCUUGGAAAGUGGCAGAACCGCCAGCCACAGCAGUUCCCUAAUGAUAUGUCGAAACUCGGUCAGUCAGACGGGGCAAAGGUUAUAGACCUUGCAGCCAAGAUGAUGGAAAUGACAUCUGAUCAACAAAAGGCUGCCACGAGAAUGAGUUUACAGCGGAGACUGUCCCCUCAACAGCUUGCGGAGAUUCAAGCUCGAGGACGUGACCCCUUAGUCUUGUUCUUCCAGAAUCAGGCAUUCCAAGUAUUAAAGAGAAAUAUGCUCAGACUGCAGGGACAAAACCAGACACCCCGACAGGGCCAAGAGCAGCCAGAGCAGGGUAGUGUCAACCUUCAACGAUUAAGGGUGGACCGGGCGGCUCAACUGUCUCAGGAUCUGCAGCAGAAUCAACAAGACGUCAUGGCCCGCGGUAUGCCUCUUUCACAAAGCCCGACGAUGAAUACUUUAAAUACGCCAGAAUCAAAUCUGCCGAGUGGCAUGAAUCAUAUAGGUGGUCAAGCUCUAGGCCAAGGUGCUGUUCUGUUCGGUGUCAAGAGCUUCAACCAAGGCACACAGCAACCAAAUAACCAGGUAUCUAGUAAUAUUCCAGCCAAUAUGUCUCCAGAACAAUAG